AUGGGCAGCCACGAGAAGGACCCGUCCUCUCCGAAAAGGGCCCUGUCACGCUCCAGCAGCACUGUGUCUUCCAAGCACAGCAGCGUUCAGCAGGGCUCGGAGAGCUGGGAGGUGGUGGAGGAGCCGUGUGCACAGGGCAGCCCGGGCCAGGAGCCGCAGCGGCACGAGGGGUACCUGCUCAAGAAGAGGAAAUGGCCCCUGAAGGGCUGGCACAAGAGGUACUUUGUGCUGGAAAAUGGCAUCCUGAAAUAUGCCACCACACGCCAGGACGUCCUCAAGGGCAAACUGCACGGAGCCAUUGAUGUCCGUCAGUCUGUCAUGUCCAUCAACAAGAAGGCACAGCGGGUUGACUUGGACACGGAGGAGAACAUCUACCACCUCAAGAUCAAGUCCCCGGAGCUCUUUGCCAGCUGGGUGAGCAGCCUCUGCUCCCAUCACCAGGGUGAGAGGCCCGAGCCCUGCCCCAAGGGGGGUCCCGUGGGGAGGACCCCCACCAACGCGCAGGGCCCGUGGACACGGAUCCUGCCCUUGGGCAGUGCCCCUGCCCUCUCCACCCUCGCCAGCUCCCGGGACAAGGUGAACGCCUGGCUGAAGGACAGUGAGGGGCUGGAGCGCUGCUCGGCCGAGCUGUCGGAGUGCCAGGCGAAGCUGCAGGAGCUGACCGGCAUGCUGCAGAGCCUGGAAGCCCUGCACCGCAUCCCCUCAGCCCCCCUCAUCUCUGGCAGCCAGCCCUCGGCUGCCGCGGAGAGGCCCAAGAAGGGCAGGAGGACCACCAAGAUCUGGUGCACCCAGAGCUUCGCCAAGGACGACACCAUCGGCAGGGUGGGCCGCCUGCACGGCUCCGUCCCCAACCUCUCGCGCUACCUGGAGCCGUCCCAGAGCCAGCUGCCCUUCAGCCUGCCCCCCGAGUACAGCCAGCUGCAGAGGAGCUUCUGGGUCCUGGCCCAGAAAGUGCAUGGCUCGCUCAGCAGCGUGGUGGCCGCGCUGAUGGCCGAGAGGGCCCGUCUGGAGGAGAUGCGGCAGGCGUUGGACCGGCGGCGCUCAGCCCUGCACCCGGCGGGUGCUGGCAGCGCUGGGGACGGGGGGGCUCCGCUCAGCCUCCCCCUGCCUCCGCAGGCCGCCCUGCGCCGCUUCCACUCCCUCUCCGUCUCCUCCGACACCACCCUGGACUCCUUCGCCUCGCUGCACCCCGAUCAGCCGGACGCGCUGCCUGCCAAGGGCCGGGAGCAGCAGCUCUCCAACCGCAGCAUCGUCUCGCUGGCCGACUCGCACACCGAGUUCUUCGACGCCUGCGAGGUCUUCCUCUCCGCCAGCUCCUCCGAGAACGAGCCCUCGGACGACGAGUCGUGCAUCAGCGAGGCCACCACCAGCGCCUGCGAGGACGCGGCCGAACCGGGGGGGCCGGGCCGCCCCCCGACAGGAGCGGAGGGCGCGGGGAUGCCCGUGGAGCUGCCGGGGCCGGACCCGCGACGGCGGAGCUGCCUGCCCGCCCCCCCCGCGCCGCCGGGGGACGUGAGCCUGUGGGGACUGCUGCGGAGCAGCGUGGGGAAGGACCUGUCACGCGUGGCGCUGCCCGUGCAGCUCAACGAGCCGCUCAACACGCUCCAGCGUCUCUGCGAGGAGCUGGAGUACAGCGCGCUGCUGGACCGCGCCAGCCGCGCCCGCGACCCCCGGCAGCGCCUGGUCUACGUGGCCGCCUUCGCCGUGUCCGCCUACGCCUCCACCUACUACCGGGCGGGCAGCAAGCCCUUCAACCCGGUGCUGGGCGAGACCUACGAGUGCGUGCGGCCCGACCGCGGCUUCCGCUUCAUCAGCGAGCAGGUCUGCCACCACCCUCCCAUCUCCGCCUGCCACGCCGAGUCCGACAACUUCGUCUUCUGGCAAGACAUGAGGUGGAAGAACAAAUUCUGGGGCAAAUCCCUGGAGAUCGUCCCCGUGGGCACCGUCAACGUCCAGCUGCCCAGGACCGGGGACCACUUUGAGUGGAACAAGGUGACGACGUGCAUCCACAACGUCCUCAGCGGCCCCCGCUGGAUCGAGCACUACGGAGAGGUGCUGAUCCGCAACACCCGCGACGCCUCCUACCACUGCAAGAUCACCUUCUGCAAGGCGCGGUACUGGGGCGCGGGGGCCAACGAGGUGCAGGGGGCCGUGCUGAGCCGCAGCGGGACGGUGGUGGAGCGCCUGGCCGGCAAAUGGCACGAGGGGCUGUACCGUGGGCCUGCCCCGGGACAGUGCGUCUGGAGAGCCAACCCCAUGCCUCGGGACCACGAGAGGAACUACGGCUUCACCCAGUUUGCACUGGAGCUGAACGAGCUCACGCCUGAGCUGCGGCGGGUGCUGCCCUCCACCGACACCCGCCUGCGCCCCGACCAGCGGUACCUGGAGGAAGGCAAUGUGCCGGCGGCCGAGACGCAGAAGCGCCAGAUCGAGCAGCUGCAGCGGGACCGGCGCCGGGUCAUGGAGGAGAACAACAUCACGCACCAGGCUCGCUUCUUCAGGCGGCUGACGGAUGCCAACGGCAAGGAGUCCUGGGUCACCAACAACACCUACUGGAAGCUGCGCCUGGAUCCCGGCUUCGCCCACCUGGACAGCGCCGUGCUCUGGUAGCGGCCCCCCCGCGGGGC